CCUUCCACAGCCUCCUUUUGGCUUUCAUUCUCGCGUGCAACUUCCGAACAAAACCUACUGCAAUUUUCAGAGAGAGAGAGAGAGAGAGAGAGUCUUCUGUAGGUAACACACAAAUACUUGAACGCAGACGCGCGCGCACUCACACGCAGACACCAUCAAAGAGAAACCCACUGGACACAGAAACAAAAACCCAACAUUUAAGGUGCUUCCCCCAUUAUUACUCUGCUAUUCAUCCUGUUCCUUCUUCUUCUUCUUCUUCUUACCUAAGGAAGAGAGAGAGAGAGAGAGAAAGAGAGAGAGAGACAGAGAAAGACGGAGAGACAGAGAUCCUUUUCCUCCCACACUACAUUCCCAACUUUGUCUUGGGCAAAGAAAUCCCAAUCCCGCAAUUUCAUAACUUCUUCUCCUCUUCAAAUUCCCCAAUUUUUUUGCGGACGCUUCGAAUCGUGCUUCCCUUUUCCGCUUUUGAUCGGUACCCAAUAAAGUCUUUGAUUCUCUUCUCUCUCUCUCUUCUCCAAAUCUCGAUUUUUAUUCUUCUUUCUGAAUUUAUUCGAGUAGCAUAAUUAGGGUUCUUUUUUGUACUGGCAGCUUGUGCUGAGAAACGGGUUUCUUUUGCUGCGGGAUUUCUAGGGUUCUUGUGGAUCGCAAUCCUGCACACUUUUUCAAUUCCUCAAUUUUGGACUUAAAUUAGGUUUGAUCAGAGCACAGAUUGGAGAGUACAGGAGUGUGCUCGGCGAUGGGCACGAGCUCCAGUCUUCCACGGAAUCAAAAUUGUGGAUUUGAUAGUACUAGGGCUCAUCUAUCGAGUUCGGAGAUUGCUUAGGAACAAUGGUUACCCAUUGGUGCUCCGAGCAUGGAAGAGGAUUGCACGUAUUGAAUUGUGUGUAGACAGUGAUCCGAGACUUUGGGGGAAUCGAUCUUUUUGGAGGAUUAAGCGUUUCUGGGUCUUUGCUGCUUUGCUCGUUUGAUCUUUAAGUUGGGAAUGAUUUUGGUGUUGGGAUUUGCUUAUAAGGAGGUGAUGUUUUUGUAUUGGCCCAGAAGGCAACACAGAGGUUCUGAUUGUAGUUCACCGUUUUUGUUUCUCAAGAAACCCUUUGGGUUAACAUAGUUUGAGCUAAAUUAUUGACCAAAGAGAUUUCUCAGCUUUGCCAUCCGUGUCUUGUUUAACUAGUUUAGUGUAGUACCACAGUGGUUUGAUUGGGUGGUUACCAUCUGGUGUUAAUUUUUGAAGUAUUUUUUGGUGAUACCUGGGUGACGCCUGUGUACAUUUUCGCUAGUGGGGAAGAAAGAUUGGUGGGUUUUGUAAUUGGUGUUUGUUAGAGUGAGUGGUAUGCUUAUGGAGGGAUAUUGAAGCUGGAAAUGAAUGCGGGGACAUGGUGUAUGGACAAGAGCAUAGUUUCUGGUUCGUUCUCUUUCCGGAACAGCAUUACUGGAAUGUAAUUCGAGCAUUUUUGUUAGUGGAAGGUGCUAGUAGAGUGUACUUCUGGAUUUCCUGCAAUGUCGCGCUGCUUUCAGUUCCCACCACCAGGAUAUGAAAAGAAGACUAAGACCGAGGAUGUGGACUUAUUAAAAAAGGAAAAGCACAAAGAAAAGAAGCAAAAAAAGGAGAAAAGGGACAAAGAGAAGAGAGAAACUAAAGAGAAAAGAGAGACAGAGAAAAGUGAAGGGAAGCACAGGGAAAAGAAAGACAAGAAGGACAAGAACAGAGAUAAAAAGAAGGAUAAGGAGAAGGACAGGGAUAAGGAGAAAAACAGUGUCCCAGAUGAGAAGAGACUUCUGGGGCAAGCCGAGUGUCAAAUUGGGGAAAAACCCAUCCAUAGAGAGGAAAGGGAUAAAGGUAAAAACAAUAUUUCGGAUGAGAAAAGAAAUGCUGGGCAGUUUGCAGGUUACAAUGCAAAGAAACAAAGUGAGAGCAACCAUCUUGUGGGGGAGACGAAGGAUUUUAAAUUUGUGCAGGAGUUUGGCAAGAGGAUCAAAGAUGAUAACAGGGCAACCGAGAACAAGUUGGCUGAGAAGUUCACAAAUACGGACCAAAGAAAGGAUGAGGGGACGGUCAAAUUGGUGGCUAAAGGUACUGAUAUUAGGGUUGAAGGGAAGGAGAAGAGCAAGAGGGUUGAUGAUAGAAAGAUGGAUGGUCCAGGAAUUAAGGGUGAGUCAAGAUUUAGUGGAAAUUCAACGGUUCCGAACCCCGCUGGGGUUGCUCAAACUAGAGUUGAAGGAAUAUCCGGACUAUUUGAAAAAAAUAUUGAUAGAAGGGCAGACGAGAAAGAAAAGGCCAAAGAAAAGGAAAUUGAUAAUAAACGGGGGAAUAAACACAAGGAAAAAGAUAGAGAGAAAAAGAGCCAAGGGAAGGAUAAGGACAGGGAAAAAGAGAAAAAGAAGGAGGAGAAAGCAAAGGCGAAAACUGAACAUAAGAACACAGAACAUGAUAAACUAAAAGAAAGCAACCAGAGUGACCUUAUCAAUAGCCAUAAUGCUAGAACCCCAAAACUUCCCAAGGACAGCGACAAGAGUGCCACUUCUGAGGAAAGUCUCAAGAAACGGAAGGAAGUGGAUACAAAUGGAGUUUUACAUGCCAGUGAUGUUCGGCCCAAUAAAUUGGCAAGACCCAAUUCUUCCUCUCAUCAAUUUCCGGUAAAUGGAAGGGUAUUGGAACUUUGUCAAACUUCUGUCACAAAUGCUUCAGAUAGGCCUGGUGCAGCCAGUAAUCUUAAGGUGGAUAAUAAGGAACGCAAGAUAAAUGGCGUUAUAGACCAGUCAUCUUCUGUCUCCUCAAAGAAGCCUAUGCUUGCCUCUGCCCAAGCUGAGCGGAUUGUGAAAGUGUUUGCUAAGCCACCCCACCCAGAUGCCAAGUAUCUAAGCCAGGUAUAUACUGUACCCAAAAUGAGCGAGUGGUCGGAUUAUGAUGACCAAGAAUGGCUGUUUAGCAGCAAUGGUUUUCAAUCAGAAAAGCCCAAAGUGGAAUCUUCACGGGUUGAGGACACGCCGCAGGUAUGGGAGGAAGCUGUGAGGAUAGAGUCAGCUGAUAUUUGUGCUCUGCCGUAUGUUAUUCCAUACUGAUUAACUAUACAAAUUUGCACUAAUUAUUCAAACGGCACUCGCCACCCUCAUGCUCUACCUGAGCUGGGAGGAAAUCCUUCAUAGGACCACAAAUGGGGAAGGUACAGACAGGUACAGCAGCAUCUGGCCUUUGAAGAAGAAAUUUCCAAUUUUCUUGCUGCAUUUGUUUGUUAUUGCUUUCUGUUGAGGGGAGCAUUGUGUGGGUGAUUGCCUUGUUCUUCUAUAAGGUUGGGUGAAACACGUUUUUCGGUAAACAUGAUUGAAACGCAUUUGUUACACGCCAUUGUAUGCUCCAGUGCAUCAUUGCAGGGCUAUAUGGGAAGGGGGCUCUUUUGCCUCAUGGCAUCAGACUACUAAUUCAUUGAAAAUGAAAAUUUUCAUAAAGGCGGCUCAGAAAGGUUGGUUAGAGAGGGAGAUGUGUAAGCUUGUGGAAUUUUUAUUAUACUUGCUCAUCAUCUAAUUGAGAAUGUAAGGGAAACUAGAUGUGGUCUUUGAAACCCCCCCACAAUUUUGAUUUGUAACAUAGAACUCUUAUUUACAAGAAAUGUAAAAUAGAGGAAAAGGAAAGUAGUGGCAUU